CUGAAAUUUGGGUUAUCGUCUUGUUUUGACAUUUUGGAAAGACUGAGAGUCUACAAAACCAUCUUUUCUGGACCGUGUCCUUCGUUUUUCAUUUAAUUGUUAAUUUUCCCUAGGAAGCCCAGUCUGUUGUAGGAACCCAGUUCUCACUGAUGAAGCUGAAGCAAUGAGAGUGAAGAAUGGUAAUUUCUCUUGAUGGGUUCUAACCACUCCCGGCGGAGGAGAAUGUCAAGCAAUGAAAACCACGACGGCAGUGACUCGAGUAACCGUGAUGAUGACGGAGACCAAGAUCUGCCUUCAAUACUAGCGUAUCUUAUCAGAAGUGGUCAGAUACGAAUCUUCUCAUCUGAUGACCCACCGGACGAUGACGACUCUGAUGCUGAAUUCUGUGGCCCAUCGAGACCUCCACUUGUUGACCCAAAUCCAGAUACGAGUAACAUAACAGAGAAUGACAUCAGUCAGUUAGUCAUGAUUCAGUCAGGAAGAAGUCCCAAGAGUUCCCGACUCAACAUUCCCACAAUUACACAUAUGAUUAAUCAGAGAGAAAUUGGUUUCAACAAACAGCAGCACUUUACACAUGGUGAUCGAUGUUUGAUAAAUUCUAAGUUCCUGCCAAACCGGAUGACCAAAAUGGCGUCCUAUCAUCAGAAGGCUUUCUGUGGCACUUACUCGUUACAAGGAGAUAUCUUCCUCACUGCUUCCCAAGAUCAGUAUAUAAGGAUAUACGAUACGACCAACGAGCAAUUCCGCUUGUUUAAAGUAAUACGAGCCCGUGAUGUUGGUUGGAGUGUACUGGACACUGCAUUUAGUCCUGAUGGCAACUUUCUGAUUUAUUCCAGUUGGUCGGACUGCAUUCACCUAUGCAACAUCUACGGAGAACACGACAUCCACGAAGCUCUCCAUCUUCUCCCUGGAGAACACAGUUUCUGUAUAUUCUCUCUCAUGUUCUCAUCGGACAACCAAGAAAUCAUGGGCGGUGCCAAUGACCGGUGCCUAUAUGUUUUUGAUAGAGAGAGCAACCAACGCACAUUAAGGAUUGAGUGCCACGAUGACGACGUCAAUGCUGUGUCGUUCGCCGACGACAGCUCCCAGAUCCUCUUCAGUGGAGGAGACGAUGGACUCGUCAAGGUUUGGGAUCGACGCACAUUACAGGAGUCUAACCCGGUUCCAGUAGGCGUAAUGGCCGGGCACCAUGAUGGUGUCACAUUUAUUGAUUCCAAGAGGGAUGCAAGAUACCUCGUGUCUAAUUCUAAGGAUCAGACCAUUAAACUUUGGGACGUGCGGGUCUUUUCGACAAAAGAUGCAGUUGAGGCGACAAAAAAAGCUGUAUCUAAUCAGAGAUGGGAUUACCGAUGGCAACAAGUUCCAAGGAAAAUGUCGCGGAAGUCUAAGAUGAGUGGAGACACGUCGGUGAUGACGUACAAAGGCCACUGUGUGUUGCACACGUUGGUGCGGUGUCGCUUCUCCCCGCAGUUCACCACUGGACAGAGGUACAUCUACAGUGGCUGUGCCACGGGAUGCGUUGUCAUUUACGACCUGCUGAGCGGGAAGAUUGUCAAGAAGCUGGAAGGCCACCAAGCAUGUGUCCGAGAUGUGUCAUGGCAUCCGUUCGACAACUCGCUUAUGAGUACCUCCUGGGAUGGUACCAUUGGUCGAUGGGACUAUGAGGAACUGCAGAUGAGUGACAAUGUUGAGAUGUGUUGUGGUGGCGACCUGGAAGAUGAUCCCAAAACACAAUUGCGUCGAAGUAGUCGUCUAAAACGGAGAAUGUCGGCUGGAAGGAAUCUCCGGGGACUGUUCGACUGAGGACAACUCCGUCACAGCAAACACGCGCUGUCAGAUAACAACUUUUACUAGAGUUGUCUCCCAGGGCAGAUAACUCAGUGCCAAUUUGUGUGAUAAAUGUAGAGUAAUUUUGUAAAUACACUUGUUAUGAAUAAGAUGUCCAUAGUGUCUUGAAAUGAAGCCACUUCCUGUAUAUAUCUUGGAUAUAGGGGAGAUAACUCAGUGACAGUUGUGUGAUAAAUGUUGAGUAAUUUUGAAAAUACACUUGUUAUGAAUAAGAGUAAUUUUGUAAAUACACUUGUUAUGAAUAAGAUGUCCAUAGUGUCUUGAAAUGAAGCCACUUCCUGUAUAUAUCUUGGAUAUAGGGGAGAUAACUCAGUGACAGUUGUGUGAUAAAUGUAGAGUAAUUUUGUAAAUACACUUGUUAUGAAUAAGAGUAAUUUUGUAAAUACACUUGUUAUGAAUAAGAUGUCGAUAACAUCUUGAAAUGAAGCCUCUUCCUGUGUAUAUCUUGAAUAUAGGGGAGAUAAUUCAGUGACAAUUGUGUGAUAAAUGUAGAGUAAUUUUGUAAAUACAUUUGUUAUGAA